AAUUAUAUCAAAAUUGAAUUUUAUUGGGGGUAUAAUGCAUCAGAGAGAUUCCCAUUUAGACAAUAAUCAUCAUUCUCAUCUCCUAUCAAAGGAGAUUCUGAUGUCCCUGUCUUUUCAUCGUCACUUGCACUAAAUAAUUACAAACUCCUUAGGUAAGAAAACCAUAAAUAAGAUGCUAAAACAUUAACAACACACAGAACCUAAAAAACUAUUCAAUCUAAGAGUAGGAGCUAUAUAUCAUCAAAAAUAAGAGAAAAAAAAUGCCAGACUGGAUUUAUUUUUCCUAGAGAUUAAUCUCUCAAAGUAUAUUUUACACCAUCACAGGCAUCAAAAACAAGCAAAGACAAAAAAAAAAAGAAAAACACAUCAAACGAAACAACAAGACUAACAAAGCUCUAGAAACCCGAACCUCAAAACUACUACAUUGUCAAACACAAGGGUUCUGGAGAAGUGUUAUAUAGAGGAAUUGACUAACAGAGGCGAUGUUAAUUAGGGCGAAAGACAAGUCAAAGGUUUAAAUGGGCUUACUAACUUAGGCCCAGCUAGGGAAAAUCCCGGUUUGAUUGGUCGGUUAAAAAUGGGGGUUCUAAACCAAAUUGAUUUAAAGCAAAACCGGUUCUCUCUGUACAGAACAGAGAGCACACAAACCGUUGGUCGACGUCUUAAGUCUCUCCCACGGUCCCACCGAAUUCGAAGGUUGUCCCUUCGCUGCUUCUACGAGCUUUCCCUCCUCCCUAUGUUCCACCGUUAAUCUUUCCCUUCUUUUCUUCUUCUUGAUCUUUCUCGGACAAUCCUUUCCUUCCUUCAUCCAUGAUCUUUCUCUUCUUUGUAACUUGGCCUCCUCUGUGCUCACUUUCAUGAGUUUCUUCUCUGUUUCCACGCAAAGAACCCCAUAUUACUCUGUUUCUGCUGCAAAGAACCCCCUUUUUAAAACCUUUCAUUAGAGUGAAAUCUUGUCCUCUAUAGAGAGAGAGAGACUCUGUGUCCGAAUAUAAACAUUUUGGUUUGAAGCUUUGAGACACUCAGAGAGAAAGUAUAAUCCCUUGCAAGAAGUAAAACUUUUUUUUUCCCAAGAAGUAAAACUUCACCUGGUCAUUGAAGAUAUGGGUAGGGUUAAGCUGGAGAUUAAACGGCUUGAGAGCACAGGCAACAGGCAAGUUACAUACUCGAAGAGAAAAUGUGGGAUACUGAAGAAAGCCAAAGAGCUAUCCAUUUUGUGUGAUAUUGAUAUUCUCCUUCUCAUGUUUUCUCCUACCGGCAAGCCUACCAUGCUCCAUGGACAACACAGUUGCAUUGAAGAGGUUAUAUCUAAGUUUGCUCAAUUAACUCCACAAGAAAGGACAAAAAGGAAGCUGGAGAGCCUUGAAGCAUUGAAGAAGACCUUUAAGAAGCUUGAUCAUGAUAUAAACAUACCUGAGUUUUUAGGAGCAAGGAAUCAAACUAUUGAGAGUCUAAGUAACCAAGUAGCCAUUUUCCAAGCUCAGCUUAUGGAGUGUCAUAGGAGGCUAAGUUGUUGGACGAACAUUGAUAGAAUAGAAAACACUGAGCACCUCACUUUAUUGGAAGAAUCAUUGAGGAAAUCUAUAGAAAGAAUCCAGUUUCACAAGGAACAUCACGGAAAGAACCAGCUUUUGCCAAUCGAAUGUACAACAACACAGGUCAAAGCCUUUAAACUGCAGUUUCACAGCGGGAUAUUGCCUUUGGCGAUGGGAGAUAAUAAUAGUAUGCAAGAAGCUCACUCCAUGUCUUGGCUUCCUGAUAAAGAUAACCAGCAAACAAUAUUACCUGGUGAUUCCAGCUUUAUUCCUCAUAGAGAGAUGGAUGGUUCGAUUCCGGUUUACACAAACUGCUUCUUUGAGUCUGUAAAACAAGAAUAUCAGAAAUGCAUCAACCCUGGACAACAGUUUGAGCUGUUAGGACAACAAGGAAAUGGUUUCUUGGGUUUACAACAAAUUGGGGAGGAAUAUUCGUAUCCUACACCAUUUGGUACUACUCUUGGAAUGGAAGAAGAUCAAGAGAAUGAGAUAAAAACUGAAAUGGAAUUUAAAAACUUGCAACAACAACAAGAUCCUUCAUCAAUGUUUGAUCCAACAGCUAGUAGUAGUAGUUGCUUUCAAAUCCCUCUUGAUCAACCCAUGUUUGCCACUGAUCUUCAUCAUCAUCAUCAAAAUUGGGUUUCAGGUUCAAUGUUUGGUCAAACUUCUUACAACCAGCAACCGAACUAACUCAAGAGAGCGCUCAUGUAUGUAAUCUAUUCUAGGAUGAUGACUGGACUUAUGUCUGAACAAGGACUAGUAUCAGACUUUCAGUCAUUGCUAUAAUGUCCAUAUGUAUAUAUAUAUAUAUAUAUAUAUAUAGAGAGAGAGAGAGAGAGAGUGUCUGUACGUGUAUAAGGUUGUAGUAUGUAUGAGAACUUGUGAUAUAUAGUUUAUAUGUUGAUG